AUGGAACACUCGUGUUCACGUCAAUGUCUUCGUCGAUCAUUUUUCGCCGUUAUGAUUGGUGUCGCACCUGUUGCAAUAUGUUUAGUACUUAUCGCUAUCGUUCGAUUAAUUUUAUAUCGUCUCGAAAUUGUAUAUCAUCGUCGUAAGAACACAGCCGAUCGUCGCUUAUCGCUACUUAGCGCUCAAAGUGGUCGUUUAGCUCUCUCUUAUACACCUGUAUCGAACGCUGAGCUACAGCGUAUUAUUCUCGGGGAAUAUCAAAAUCAACAAUCGAGCGAUUUCUUAACUGUUCCACAGACAAACAGCAAUGCUAUACGCAAAGCACCACGAUUCAUCAAAUCAAUACUGACUCGACGUGAAAUACCAACAUCAGCAUCAUCAUCGAGCAUUCUCGCUAAUCUUGUUAUACGCCAUGAUAUAACCGACGUACUUCCUAUGCCAUCCAUUCUUCAACCUAUUGAAACGCCAUUACAACCUACAUUUACUAUCAUCAAUGAGCAAGAUAGACAACGACGACCUAGUUUGAUUACAAUUACUAGGGAGCAAGUUGAAACGACGACAUUAGCAGCGUUGAAAGCGAAUAAAGGUGAAAAUUCACCGAAAGGAACUGAUAUUGUCGAUUUUGAAUCUACGAAAAACGAUCCUGUUUUAUCAACAACAAAGACAAUGACGACAACAACGGUUGUUGUAGAAGAAUUUCUCGACUUUCAUUCAGUUAGUUCAUUACCAUGUGUACUAAGUCUACUUGAUACAAUUGCCGACAAUGACAGUGAUCCAAAUUUCGAAAGAAAUAAAGAUAACAAUGAUGAUUAA